AUGAGGUUCCGGGCGGAGAGGAUGAGGGGCGCCAAGCGGCGGCGGUUCGAGCUGCCGGACGACGACGGGGAGGGGCUGCAGGGGCUGACGCACCUGGGGCGGCCGCUGGGGGAGGGGAGCGAGGAGGGCGGGGAAGGGGAUAGCGAGAACGAGGAGAUCGCGGAGGAAAUCAUGAACAGCGUGCAGUUUCCGGAAGGCCCAGGCGCUGAUGGCAAGAGGAAGUCCAGAAAGGAGAUUCUGGCAGAGAUCGUUGCAAAGAGUAAGAUGCACAAAGCAGCAAGAGCAAGGGAGAAGGAAAAGGAGGAGGAGAACGUGGAUGAGCUUGACAAAAUUUGGCAGAAGUUGCUCAACACCACAGCCUUUCGGAGCCUCCUGAGGAAGCAGCGAACAAUGCCAGAGCAGAAGAAGGGCAGGCCAGAGCUGGAUGCAACAUAUGACAACGACACCAGGAUGCUCACCUUUGGGGCCACAGCGACUCCUGCUGACCGGACAUUGACUUCCGAGGAGGUCGAAUUCAAGGGGAGGAAGGACCUGGAGUCGAAGGAGCAGGAGAGACUGAUGAGAAUGAGGGGGGAGGAGGCCAAGGCUGCUGAGAAGUUGGACCUCUUGCAAGGCGAAGGAGGCUAUGGUGCAAGGAGAAAGAGGAGGAAAUUGGCAGAAAUCGUGGCCAAGGAAGAGCAGGAAGCCAGGGAAAAGGAAGGGGGUGGUGACGAUCUGGCCGAUUAUGAGGAAAUCUCUGAUGAGAGUGAGGAAGAGGAGCUGACUGGCCUGGAGGCACGACAAAGGGCAAGGGCUGCAGGAGACGAUCCCCUGCAGCAGCGCUUCCGCGAAAUAUCUGAGCAAGUGCUUCAUCGGUAUACAGCUGGUGUGCCUCAGGGCACAGCCGGGUCGGACCAUGAUCAACAAAGCUCACAGUCAGAGUUGGAAGAUUUGGAUAGCAGCUCAGAAGGUGAUGAUCGCAGCGUGGAUUCAAAAUCUGAGGAGCUGGAAAGUGGCGAAGCUACUGUCGAUGGGACCGGUGGAGUUGAUGUCGACGUUAUGCUGCAGAAGCAUGGCAAUGGCGGAUCUGAGAUGCAGGAUGAGGAUGGGGAACAUGGGAAUGUGGAAUGCGAGUCCGGUUUGGGUGAUCUGGAGAAUGGCAGGGAUGCAAAGGAUGUGGCGGGUACUGAAUCGAGGUCCAUUGUUGUUUUGGAGAGUGAGGACACUGGACCUGAAACCCAAGAGGAGAGUGAGGACACUGGCCUUCUGGAGAUUAAGGACUCUGGGCCUCAAGGGCAGGAGGUGGUUGCUGGGAACGGCAAUGUGAUGGUGGGCCACAGUUCAGGGAACCAGGGCGGUGGUGAGACCAUGGAUGGGGGGAGAAAUGGUACUGGACCAGUCGACCUGCCAUACACGCUCCCUGUGCCCAAGUCGUACGAGGAGUUCGCUGGGUGGUGCAGAGGCAGGAGCGGUGCCGAUCUGGGGCAAAUCAUAUCAAGGAUCAGGACGUUCAACAGCGUGGAACUGGCAGCAGACGGGAAGCAGAAACUUCAGGUCCUCUACUCCUUCCUCUCGCAGCACUUCGCCGCCCUGGCCGGCGCCACCCCGCUGCCCGGCCCCCUGCUGGAUGCCCUGGUCGCGCCCCUCCUCGACCUCACCGCCCGCGUCCCCUUCUACGCCGCCUCCCUGGCCCAGGCCCGCCUCCAAAAGAUCCGCCACACGGUCUCGGCGGGCCUCAAGGACCCGCGCCCCUCCGGCCGGGCCCCCUGGCCGUCCGUGCGCUCCGUCCUCCUCCUGCGCCUCUUCUCCGUGCUCUUCCCUGUGGGAGACAGGUCCCAUGCCGUGACCACCCCCUUGGCCUUGAUCGUCAAUCAAUGCCUGGGAUCGUGCCCGGUGUCCGAUGGCCGGGAUGUCAUCCUUGGCCUUGCGAUCUGCGCCGUGGCCAUCGCGGUGCUCGACCCUGCCAAGAGAUUCGCGCCGGAGCCGGUGACCUUUUUGACGUCACUGAUCCGCGGAGCGCUGCCGGGCGCGGGCGGGCGGCCCGGUUCGCUGGGGCUGCGGGACCGGGAGGCAGAUCAUCGGCCGCGCGGGAUGAGCGUGGAGGAGGGGCUGGCCAGGGUGGGGGAUGCGGCGUUUCUGGAGUCCGACGGGUUCAGGGCGGAGGCGAUGAGGAUCGCGAUAAUGUCGGCGGGGAGGCUGGUGGAGGCGUACGGCGGGCUUGCGUGCUUCCCAGAGCUGUUUGGGGAGAUGCUGGGCGUGCUGGAGAACCUGGGUGGGCGCAAAUCGCUCCUGCCUCAGGCCCUCCGCCCCAUGCGCCGCCGGCUGGCGGACGCCAUCCGCGCCACUUCCGCCCAAGCCCUCUCCUCCCGUCGCCCCCUUGUCCAGUCCUUCCGCCGCGAGGCCUCCCGCAUGCGCCUGUACAACCCCCGCUUCGAGGACGACUACGCGGCGGGCCGCGACUACGAUCCUGACGAGGAUGCCGUCAAGGCCCGCCGCCUGCAGAGGCGGGUGAGGCGCGAGCGACGGGGCGCCGCCAGGGAGCUGCGGCGCGAUGCGGCGUUCAUGGCAGGCGUGAGGGACAGGGAGAGGGCGGAGGUGGACGGGGAGCGGCUGGAGAGCGAGAGGCGGUUCUACAGAGAGCUGGAGGGGCUGGAGGCGGACUUCAGGUCGGGCGGGCAGGCCGGGAUGAACCCGCACCUGGCCAAGAAGCGCGACAGGAGGAGGUGA